AUGGCCUCCCCGGGGGCCUCGCCCUCGCCGGGUGCAGGGGGAGCGCACCCGGCGGAGCGAGCGCGGACGGCGCGGGGCACCUCCGGCCCGGCGGGUGGGUCCGGGCCCGCCCCGUGGGUGUUUCCGCUUUCGCUGCUCCGCGGCUCUUACACGCCCGCCCUGCACAACCAGGCGUGCCAGAAAAACAAGGGCCUGCCCCGCCCGGCGCUCAGCCGGCCUCGGCCCUGCAGGUUCGAUGUAUCUGCGGUUCACCCGAGCCACAAGCGGCUGGGCUGCUUCACGGAGGCGCCCUACUCCCUGAGGCACACGCAGGCGGUGUCCCACCUAGGCCCCGGUGUCUACGAUGGCCGGGAGACCUGCUUCAGCAAGAACAGGCUGGCCCGGGAGCAGGACACGGGCUGGGCGCGGGCGCGGGAGGCCACCCGGCUCACGACGCUGCCCCACUUCCAGUACCAAGUGACCGUGAGGGAGAAGCAGCGGCAGAAAGAAAAACUGGGGCCUGGCUCCUACAACUUCAAGGACUUCCUCCAAGAGCUGCAGGAGCGACCCGGCAGUUUGCGGGGGCUGCUCAGCUCCGGGGAGGUGCGGUUUCGAGGAUUCACUGGGAACUACAACCCCGGCCCCGGCAACUAUGGGGUGAGGGGCAACCCCUACACCAGGCUGGAGGAGAGCGCCUGGGCCCGGGCCCACUCCGAGGGCCUCAUGUGCAGGAUCAGCAACAAGCCGCCCCCCUUGGCGUACGAGGGGAGCGGGCUGGCGCCUGGAACCUACUCCCUGAAGGCAGGCAUCGACAUGUACGUGGCACGGUCCAUGGGCAAGCGCAACAUGUACGACAUCUUCUCCGGGGACCGCAGCCAGCCCGUGCCCUACGGACACUUCGCCGUGCAGAGGAAGAAGCCCUGGGAGCUGACGGAUCCGAGCAGCUUCGUGGAUGAGCUGAACUCGCCGGGCAAUAGGAAGCGCGGGGUCUUCCUGAAGGCGCCCCGCUUCCCAGAGACGCCCCGCGAGAGAGCCUACAGCUCCACCCCGAGACAGCGACCCCCAAAGGUGGCCACGCCCGGGCCCGGCACGUGGCCUCCCCCUGAGCCCAAGAAGAAGGUCAGCCACCCGCCCUUCCUGUUCGUCUCCCAGCGCCCGAAGGCCUCGCAGACGACAAUGGGAGCCUGGAACCCGGUGGGCGUGGGCCGCUACCUCAACAUGUGGCUGAUGGAGACCAAGGACCACCGGCAGCGCUACCGAUCCCUGUACCUGAGCAAGUGCCAGCGCUACCCCUCGGACCCGCUCUGGGACAGAUUCCUGCAGGAACGGAUCACGCCCUUCUCCGCGGGGAGGUGCCUUCCCACCGUGGAUCACAGUUCAGAACCUGCGGUUGACCCAUGCAGCCCGAGCCCAGCCCGAGUGGCCGAUACCGGAUGCCCCAACGCCUGAAGACACG